AUGGCAGCCGUUGCCCCCCGCCCCGAAACAAACCACAUCCUCACCCACGCCGCGACAGCAACCUCCUUCGCCUUCACUCCCUUCCUCCGCCAAACCUACCGCCACGAGCUCUCCUCGGACCGCCCGCAAUGCAAACCCUUCCUCGCAGGCCACUGCCCCUCGGCGCCGCCUCACUGGCUCCGCGGCCUCUGCAAAAAGGGCGAGUCGUGCGAGUUCCUGCACGAGUACAACCUCCGCAAGAUGCCCGAGUGCAACUUCUUCAUGCGCAACGGGUACUGCUCCAACGGCGAGGAGUGUCUGUACCUGCACAUCGAUCCGCAGUCCAAGCUGCCGCCGUGCCCGCACUACGAUAAGGGGUUCUGUCCGCUGGGUCCGCGGUGCAGUAAGAAGCAUGUGCGGAGGAAGCUGUGCGUGUAUUAUCUGGUGGGAUUCUGUCCCGAGGGUCCGCGGUGCAAGUAUGGUGCGCACCCGAGGUGGAGGACGGAUCUGGAGAAGCCGAGCGUCAAGGUGGAGGGCGAGGAAGGGGAGAUUAAGAGGGAUGGGGAGAGGGAGGAGGGCGAGAUGUUUCAGAUGCAUCAGCGGGACAGGCAGCGGGAUAUGCAUGAUGAUCGCGGGCACGGGGGCGAUCGGAGACAUGGCGGUCGUGGGGGUAGGUGGCGCGGCGGAGGGAAUAAGAGAUACCGUGGACGUGGUGGUCACUGA